UUCGAAACCUGCAGAAUUUAUUGGGUACCACUGUAUCCUUGUGUUUCUAGCUCCUAUUGCAGCUGGCGGUACCAGCUGGAGUUGACCCUGGGCACUGCACAAUCUACGACGCCGCUGCCGAUAUAUGUGUAACAUUUCCAACGCCAUCUCACUGCAAAGAUAUUCUCAUUGGCCUGCAAACAUCAAUGAGCGGCCAGCAGGCAAUGCUGUGUGGAAGGAAGUAACAACUCAGCCCCACAGUGAUACGUUCCUGGUAUAGGGCCACAGCACCAGACUUUUUGAUCUCAAAAGACCAAAGAAGUCUUAAAAAAACCUGUGAAGCUGGCGGGGCCGCCCAAGCUGCUCACACUGAGCUUGGGGAGAGGUCCACAGAUUGGCACUUAUCACAGUCCUUUUCGAAAUGGAACUCAGCAUGACCAUUUGAUAGUCUGGCCCUAACGGGGCUGGUCACAGCAUGGAAGCUAUUCUCACCCCACCACCUCCCACUAAAAACCAAGAGAGUAACCAAGCCCCAGAGGCUAGGAAAGUGAAAGCCAACCCCCAUGAUUGGCCCUGGGUGCAUGCCCUUGACAAGAGCAAUACGGUCUUCAUUGUCAUUGACAUGCAGUUGGACUUUUGUGAGAAGGGUGGCUAUGUAGAUUCCAUGGGCUAUGACGUCUCCGCAAUGCGGGAACCGAUUGCGCCAAUCAGGAGGGUUCUAGAUGCGUGUCGGGCACGUGGCUUUCACGUCAUUCACACACGCGAAGGGUAUCGACCAGACCUGGCAGACGUUUCUCCGCACAAACUGUUCCGUUCCAAGAAGGCCGGCGGAGCGAUCGGCAGCGAGGGCCCCCUUGGCCGCUUCCUGAUCCGGGGGGAGAAGGGCCAUGACAUCAUCCCGGAGUUGUACCCGCUGCCCGGAGAGCCGGUUAUUGAUAAGCCCGCAUAUAGCGCGUUUUGCGGCACUGAUCUUGACAUCAUCCUCAAGAAUAAGGGCGUGACCAACGUUGUGCUGGCGGGGGUCACUACGGACGUGUGCGUACACUCCACCAUGCGGGAAGCGUACGACCGCGGGUACGAGUGUCUUCUCCUAACGGACUGCACGGCAGCGACGGACGUCCGGAAUCACGUGGCAGCCCACAGGAUGAUCGUCAAGGAGGGAGGGGUUUUCGGCGCAAUUGCCACGUCGGACGACUUUAUUGCUGCAAUUGCUGCAACAUAGGCUGCCCGCUUGCUAUGCGAGCGUCCCUUUGAAACGAAGCCCCGCUGGCUCGUCUAGCGAAGCGUUGCCAUGGCAAAAUAUCAUCAUGAGCUCAAGUGGCAGCCUGCUUGCAGCUGCAAGCGAGGUUAAUAACUAUAGUACUCUCAGUCAGUUGAAUCACUAGAUUGGGUCGCGGCAGGGGCCCGGGCGCCACGUAUAGGUAACGAGCUUGGAUAUAGCAAGCAGCGCCCCAUGUGAACUUAAUCACCGUCCCACUGAGGAACAUCGUCGAAGUUGGUCGAUCAUGCCGCACGCAUGAUCAAAUCUUGAUCCAUUCUUAAAUAACAUGAUUGACAGGUGC